AUGACGGACACAGAAGACGCCGUGCGACGCCGGAAUGCGGUCGCCGAGUAUCGGAAGAAACUUCUCCAGCACAAGGAAUUGGAGUCCAGAGUUCGAUCCGUGAGGGAGAACUUGCGAGCUUCAAAGAAAGAGUUCAACAAAACAGAAGAUGAUUUGAAGUCUCUUCAAAGUGUUGGCCAGAUAAUUGGCGAAGUUCUCAGACCUCUUGAUAAUGAACGCUUGAUUGUUAAAGCAAGUAGUGGUCCAAGAUAUGUGGUUGGCUGCCGCAGUAAAGUGGAUAAGGAAAAGCUCACUUCAGGGACUAGAGUGGUUCUUGAUAUGACAACACUCACCAUAAUGCGUGCUCUUCCUCGCGAAGUUGAUCCAGUUGUGUACAAUAUGCUGCAUGAAGAUCCCGGUAAUAUUAGUUACUCUGCUGUUGGUGGUUUAUCUGAUCAGAUCAGGGAAUUGAGGGAAUCAAUUGAAUUGCCUCUAAUGAAUCCUGAGCUCUUUCUUCGAGUUGGAAUUAAACCUCCCAAGGGUGUUCUCCUUUAUGGGCCUCCUGGUACGGGUAAAACAUUGUUGGCAAGAGCUAUUGCCAGCAAUAUAGAUGCUAACUUCCUAAAGGUUGUUUCAAGUGCUAUAAUUGAUAAGUACAUUGGAGAAAGUGCCAGGUUAAUAAGAGAGAUGUUUGGGUAUGCACGUGAUCACCAGCCCUGCAUCAUUUUUAUGGAUGAGAUCGAUGCCAUUGGUGGUCGUCGUUUCAGUGAGGGAACAAGUGCAGAUCGUGAGAUUCAAAGAACAUUAAUGGAACUGCUUAAUCAACUUGAUGGGUUUGAUCAACUUGGAAAGGUUAAAAUGAUCAUGGCCACAAACCGACCUGAUGUACUUGACCCUGCUCUCCUACGUCCUGGAAGAUUGGAUAGAAAAAUAGAAAUUCCAUUGCCAAAUGAACAAUCAAGAAUGGAAAUUCUUAAGAUUCAUGCUGCUGGAAUUGCUAAGCAUGGUGAAAUAGACUAUGAAGCGGUUGUGAAGCUUGCAGAGGGUUUUAAUGGAGCUGAUCUCCGAAAUGUGUGCACUGAAGCUGGAAUGUCAGCAAUUCGAGCGGAGCGGGACUAUGUUAUCCACGAAGAUUUCAUGAAGGCCGUAAGGAAAUUGAAUGAGGCAAAGAAACUUGAAUCUAGUGCACACUACAAUGCUGAUUUUGGAAAAGAAUAA